AUGAUAACGAAGGCAGUAGAAGCUAGUGGAACAGUUACUAUUACAACUGUAACCCAGCAACUAUUUCGAACAAAGAUGGAUUUUAAUGAAUGUUUCAUUCAUCCAAAGUCAUUCUCUUUAGACCCUAACAUUUAUACAGAACUUGUAGAACAUUAUACAAACGAGGCUUUAUGUUUUCCUGUUAAAGUUAUGGAUUGGAUUCCUAUGGACGGUUCAUUCUCAAAGAAUACAGAUAGUUCAAGUGCAACAUUUACAGCAGCUUAUACGCCUAUUAAUGUUAAAAGUAUUUGGGCACUAUUUAGAAAGAAAGACAACUAUUAUGUUAAUUUUGAGAACCCUAAGUUUAAAUAUCUUCAGCUUUCCAUGGGAGCUUAUGGAAAUAUGCCUGCAGAACCUGAAAAAUCAUAUGGACCUGUAUUUUAUGAAAUGGUUGCGAACGCUUGCAAUACAAACAAUGAUAUGAUAGGAUUUAAUGAAGAUGUUAUGAGGUCAUUGGUGGAUGAUGGUAGUGUGGAACAUAAAUGGGAUAGCUAUGACAACACACAUUUCUUAUGUGGUUUUCCAACAGAAGUGGACUUUUGCUUCCAGCAAGGUCAAACAUCUACUGCUCCAAUAACAUACAAAUUGUCUGUUAAAGGACCUAUUGAACUAGCAACUGAAAAUGUACCAAAGCCACUUAUUGGAUUUAUGAGGGAUUGUUGCUUUGCCAUUCAGGUGCGUGCUAAUGGAAUCCCAAUAAUAAGAUUAGAUGACUAUAACUUAGCUACGGACGACAGUGAGGAAUAA